UGGGGCUGUAAUGGUGUCGGUGAAGAUUUCUAUUCGUAUGGCUUCGAUGGUCGGUGCAUCUACUGCGCGGGUAAAAAGCGAGUUGUUUGGGAUCGGAAGCUGGAAAAGGGCGACAUCGUUGGUUGCUCAUUGGAUCUUAAUAUUCCGCAAAUUCAUUUCACUGUCAACGGUAAACCAACCUCAGGAUUAUUCAAAAAUUUCAAUAUUGAUGGCUAUUUUUUUCCUGUCAUGUCAUUAUCAGCUAAAGUGAGGUAA